AUGGCGUCGAGAGCCGAGGAAGAAAGUGAGAAAGAACGCAAAAGGCGAGCUUUGAAAGAGGGAGAAUGGGCGUGCGUCGACGCGAAAUGUGCCCAGGUCAAUGACGAAGGCACUACAACUUGCUACGAAUGUGGAAAACGUAAAAUAGGAACUUUUUAUCGAUAUAAAAUCGCAAAUCUGCAGCAAAACCUCGCGCGACAAGCCGGGUUGGCAAGGAAAUCGGUAAAGAAAUGGCCGAAAAAUCGAAGGGUCUUUUCGCGGCAGAAGAUUGGGUUUGUUCCAAGUGAGUUUUUAGAUUUUUCAUGGAGCUUAUUUUAUGAUUUCAGAUGUGGAAAUGUGAACUGGGCGCGGAGAAAGACUUGCAACGUUUGUAAUGCUCCAAAACUCGCCGAUUUAGAAAGAAGAACAGGUAAAGUUUAUGAAAAAAAAAAUUCCAGGGGGACAAAGAGAAAAAUCGAAAUUUAUCUCUGAUUUCUGAAUACUUUUGUGCCUUGCAACUUUGGCUGAACAGUUCGAAAAAUUUUGAAAUGAUGUUUUAAAAAAAAACUUCCGAAGGAAAAAAUUAUAUCAAAAAAUUUCUGCAUCUUAAAAAAACCAAAAACUUUCAAAAAAACUGGGAAAUAAAAAAAUUAGCCGAAAAUUGGAUCUUUUCGUUUAUUAAUCGCAUAAACUUGUUACAUUUGUGAAAUUUAAAAACUUGAAUUUCUUGAAAAAAAGUGUCUUUUUCUAUUUUUUUCUGCAUUCUCAUGUAAAAAUAUGUCGUAAUUUUUCCGAAUUUCCCUUUUUUUCUGAAAGCGAUUUUACAUUUUAGCACGUACAGAAUCUGGUUAGUUUUUGAAGAAUCUAACGAGAAGUUGAAAACACAAAAAAACUUGCUUUAUUAAUUUCGCAACUUUUUAUCUCAAAAGGUUUAAAAAAAGAACAAAAAAAUUAACGGAAGAAUUGAAAAUAAUUUGGACCAUGGGUUGGCGGCCUAAAAAUCAAGUAAUUCCGCGAAGUUAAAAAUAGCCGUCAGACAGUGGAAAAGAUAACUAUAUUCUGAAGAGUCAGAGAUACUUUUUCUGCGUAAAUUACUUUGAACACGGUUUAAGAAGUCCACUGAUGUAAUCGUGAUGAAAUGAAUCUUAAUAAAUUACUGCUUUUUUAUUAUUUUUUAAAAAAUUAUCAACGAAAUUGAAGGAUAUGGUGGCGGGUACAUGGACCGACAAGACGUUGAAUACGUCAAGCGGGAAUACGACGACGAGUUCGAUGAGUACGGUAGGAAAAAGAAGAGAAAGAAUGAGGUUUGUCCGAAAAAUCAAUCAAUCAAUAGUAAAAUAUUUUUAGCCGAAAGCUUCGAGUUCGUUUGACGAAAGAGAGGAAGGAGAAGCGGAUGAGGAUGAAGACGAAGACAUGGAAAAAAUGAGUCAAGAUAAGGACGAUGACGAUGUGGAGGUGGGUUUUCUAGGUAAGAUUAACCUCUUUUUAUGAAGAAAAAUAAAAAUUUAAACAAAAAUAUACUGAUUUUUUGAGCUUCUGUAUUGAUUUUUGAUGUGUUCAAUCAUUGAUUUGAAGAUUUAGUGUAUUAAGUGAUAAAAUAUCUAUUUUCUUGUAAAUCUUCAAGGUUUUUUUUGUUGUAUAAAAAAAUGUUUUUGACCCUCUAGGUGAGAUCAGUCAUUUUAGGAAGAAAUAAAAAGAUAAAUUUAAUCGAUACUUGUAAACUUUUGUAUUGAUUUUUGAUAGGUUUAAUCGAGGAUUUUAGUGCUUUUUUGAUUUUUUCAAGAACCAUGUGCAUUCAGUGAUAAAAUCUCUUUUUCUUGAAAAUUUCGAUUUUAUCACUCGUAAUUUUUUUUUAAUAUGAGAAGAUUUUGUCCUUUUUUCGAGGUAAUGUUGAUUCAAGCGUGUGUGAUAAGUUUUCAACGGGUUCUGAACAAUUUUUAGAAAGUUCAUGGCCUAAGAAAGGGACUUGGAAUCGUAUAUUACCUCCAAAUUGAGCAAAAAAAAAUCUGUGCCUUUUUGUACACCAGUUCAAGAACUUUUGUUGGUAUGAAACGGAUUUUUAACUGGGAAAAAUUUUUCGAUGUAAAUAAUGAUGAUUUAAAGAGAGAAUAAAGAUGAUUUCAAUAUAUAAUGUACUCGGGCAAAGUCGGAAAGGUGGAUAAAUGAAAGAGGUUCAAAAAAGGGCGCAAAAAGGCACCAAAAAGGGUCCCUUUAUCGAGCCUUUCCAUUUUUUCUGGGAUUUUUGAGGAAUGGUGGAAAAAGAGAGAGGCAGCAAAAAUGGUGCAUAAGGGCUGAGAAAAGGGCGCAAAAAGGCAGCAAAAAAGGAACAUUUCUAUGGAGCCUUUUUCCGCCCUUUCCGAUUUUGCCUAGGUAGAAAAAUAAUAUAAAAAACCUGGUUUUCCUGACGAUGGGAGCUGGUUUUUCUUCUUUUUCUUCUUUUUCUACUUCUUGUUCUACUUCUUCUCUUUGUUCUUGUUCUUCCUCGUCUUCUUGUUCUUCUUCUUCGUCUUCAUAAUACUCUUGUUCCAUAGAACGGAUCCACAAACGUCUCAUUCGAUUGUAAUCUUCCAUUUCCCUCGCAAGCAUCUCGGAAAGCAUUCUCAGGAUCAUUUCCUGACGUAAUUCCUCCAGAUAAUUGUUCAUUUUCUGUAAAAAAAUAAUAUUAAAAAAAUCGAAUAAGCUCAAAAACUUGACCAUAAAUAAAAAAAUAAUAUAUUUUUCGAGAAUGCUUUUUUUCGUUUUUUUCGCCACGUGGUUAAAUCAUUCACAUGAUGACGUUUAGAAUUUGAUUUAUUUACUGAAAAGUUGAUAUUAUAUUCACCGAAAAAAAUAUUGGUUUCAAUUCAUAAUUUUAAAUUCAAUAAUAGUUUUUUUCAAUAGAAAUAUUUUUUUCAUUAAAUAUAUUUUUAUUUUUUUAAUUUGAGAUUGGUUUGCGUUUUUAUGUCAUCAGGUGCACAAAGAAUGUUUUUUUUCUCGAUUAUUCUGAAGAUUUCUCAGGAAAAAAAUUCGUAAUUUUAUAGUUUUUUUCCCUUUUUCAAUUUUGGCACUUUUUUUCUUAAAAAAAUAUAGUUCAGAGUUUCUUUCAAACCAAUAAAAAAAUAGUUUCCAAAUGAAGAUAUCACUUCCACUCUGCAAACUAUUGAGAUAUUGGAUUUUUUAAAAGCUUGUAAUUCAAUUAAUUUUCAAUAAAAUGGAUACAUUUUCAAGUUUUUGUUGAAUUUUCAAUGUUAAAAAAAGUUUAAAAAUGGUUUUACCCAACUAAAAAAGGAUGGAAUAUUGUUAAUAUUUUAAUUUUUGAAGAAUAUUCCCCAAGAGGAAGGAUUUACUUAUUUUUCAGGCACUGAUUGCUCUUUAAUGAAAAUUGCCCGUUCAAAAAUGGUUUUAUAUAUUUAGAAAAGAAAUAAAUAGCUUUAGUAUUUUAUUUUUGGAAGGAUGCUUUGCAGGACGAAGAAGAGGAUGACGACGAAGACGACGACGACCUCGGCAAGUACGACCUGACGGCCGAUCCGGAAGUCGUCGAGAAGUCCGUCGACCUCAAGAGCAAAAUCGUCGCCGCCACCGGCCAGAACGGCCAUCAGUCCGACGGCAGCGAGUUUGUGCCCGAAAAAUGAUCCUAAAAAUUGAAGAUUGGCCAGUUUUCCAAUGGGUUUUUAUAUCACUAGGGAACUUUAUGACAGAUUUUUUUCGCACUCUUUUUUUUCUAUAUUGAAAUUUUCGACUCUUUUCUGAAUCAAUAAGUGAGAUUAGAAAACAAAAAAAUAAAGGAUGAGAAAAAAUUUCUAGAAACUGGAAAAUUCUUUCUUUUUGUUAAAACACAGAAAGUAACUUUUCAACGGAUUUUUCGAAAGAAAUACAUUUUUCAGGUCAUAUAGGAAAAGAUAUUGGGAUUUCAAUAAAGUUGCCUCUUUUUCAAAAAAAUAUUUAAUCAUAUUGCACAAUCAUAAUAAUAAAAAAAGGAUGAGAAAUGAUGGAUAAGUGAAAAAAUACGAAAAAGGGAGGAAAGAUGAAAAAUCGUCCCAAAGAUAUGAAAAAAAAAUCCGAAAAGCUUUUCCUUUUUUUGAUUUGUCGUUUUGAAAGUUUUUGUACAACUUGUACAGUUAUAUCUCGAAAGAAAUAAAAAAAAAAAAUUAAGAUACAGAUUUUUUUUCCCCAGAAAGUCCUUGUACGAAUCAUAGUAAAAUGAUAAUAAAUAUACGAUAAUCCGGAAAUUAAAGAUCAUGGGAAUGUUCAAAAAUUGCAAAAUAAAAAAGUGAUAAGCUCUUAAUGAUCGGAAAACGUCGCAGUUGAAAAAUUCGCCAAUUUUCAAUUCUCACCUUAGAAAAACAUAUUUUCAAUUUCUCAUGUUCCAGUUGUUCCUGCUCUUGUUCCGGCGGAGAAUGUUCCUGUGGAGAAAGCGAAUGCGAAAAUAAAGAAGCUGAUAAAGACCGGACAAAGGUCUUGAAAACCGCCAAGGAGAGGGAUCGGUACGAAUCCUGUCCAAAAAUCUAAAAAAAAAGGAUUUUACAGAGAAAGGGACCGGAAACGGAGCAAUUCGCGGGAUCGUCACCGGAAUAAACGGAGUCGCAGUAGAGACAGAGAAAGAGAUCGUGAGAGAGAACGCGAAAAAGAGAGGGAGCGAGACAGGAAAGAUAAGAAGAGGUUGGAAUAGAAAAUAUGAAGUUUUUGAAAGUUAGGUAGCUUUACUGUUUCUAAAUAUUGUUUGAAAGGGUAAAAUUAGAAAUUACAGAAGUCAAGUGAAGUUUCUCUUUCCAAUUGAAAUAAAAUAAUGUAAGAUUUUUUUGAGAAACGAAUAAUUUUGAUGAAUCGGGAAGUUCGUGUUUCAGUUGUGGAUUGUAAAUGUAAAAGAUUGAAAAAAAUACGUAAUUAUUGGACUUUUUGAAAAUCUUGAAAAACUUGAGAGGAUUUUCAAAGUUUCGGCAUUUGGUCAAUUUUGAAAGUUUCAAAUUUUUUUUUCAGUUCUAAAAUUGUUUAGGUAUCCAAAAUUCGUCGAAUUCUCGAUUUUGGUUAGGUUUUUCGACGGCUCAAAAUAGUAGAUUUUGUGUUUUUUCCCUAAAUUUCAUGUCAACCUUUUUAAUUUGACCUUUAUAGGUUUGGUAGGUAUCUUUGCCGUUUCUGAAUAUUCUUUAAAGGUAAAACUAAAAAUUACGGAAGUCCAAUAGCGCUUUCGAAUACAAACAAAAAUAACGUGAGAUUAUUGAGAAACCGAGAAUUUCGAUAAAUCGUGAAAUUCGUGUUUCAAUAGUGGAUUAUGUAUGGAAAAAUUCGAAAAUACGUGAUAAUUGGAUUCCUACGAACAUUUCGUGUAGACAAACUUUAAAGGAUCAUAAGAUUUUAUUUUUCAGGACCACUUUUUUUCUGAGCUUUUUGCUUUUUUUUUCGAUUUUUCUUUUGAAAAUGUUUCACAACUCUGUUAAGAAUUUAGAAUAAUUCAUAUAGGAUUUUUAGGAUUUCUUUUUAUUAACCUUUUCCUUCAUUUUUUUCAUGAUUCUUAUAUAUUGAAACAUUUUACAACCUUUUUAAGAACUUGGAAAGGAGUCUUAGCAAUCGAAUUUUGAGGCGAAAAAAAAUUUAAUUAAUUUUCAAGUUUGAAAAUGCUUCAAAAUUAUUUUUUAUAACACCUCUAGCAAGCUCUUAAAAAAAUGCAAAUAAUAAUUUUGAGCCGCAACGCGACCGCAACGCAUUGAGCCAUUCCAAAAGCGACCAGAUAGUUCAAAAUCCCGUUUAUUUUGAUCAUUUUCAGUCUGCGGAAACGCAGUCGCUCCCGGGAUCGCACCAGAGACCGCGACAGGCGAAGAAGUCGCUCGGCGGAUCGGAAUCGUCGCGGCAACAGUCGCGAACGUCGCAGGUCGCGCGACCGACGUCGCUGA